AUGAAUAAAAAACAUAACCUAAAAAGAUUAAAUGAAAAUCAUUGUAAAAGUAUUCUUGAUAUUCUUAAUAUUACAACUAAAUCAAGUACUCAUAGAAAGUGUAAAUCAUGUAAAAAGGAAUAUUUACUUUGUUUUGGACCUGAUACUAUUUACAAACAUUGUAUAGUACAUGAAGAAUUAAGAAGAAUAAUAAAGUCAAAUGUUCCUGGUUCAUGUUAUGAAAGGUAUGUCAGACUUGCAGGCCUUAAGCUUAAAGAUACAAAUGAUGUCCUUCAAAAUACUUCAAGUAAUAUGGGUAACAGUAUCGUUAAUGAAUUUAGUUCUCCAAAGAAAAUAAGUACCAUUUUUGAGAAAUCAUAUGAUUUUAAAAAUAAUGAUACAUUAGAAAAAGAAAAUAUUGUUAGACCUAAGGAUACUCCAAAUGUAGGAACUGUUUUACAAAAUUUCUGUAACACUACUAAACAAAGUGAUGUUAUAUUAGAAAAUUCAAUCGUAGACGGUUCCCAUCUAAUAAAAAUCAAAACUGAACUUCAAAGUGAUAAUGAAGAUGAAUCUGAUAUGGAGGAAACUAGUAAAACAACAAAACCUUCAUUGUCUUCUGAUUCAGUUUUGAGAAAUUUGAAUAACAUCCGUUCAGAUUUUUCAGAACUAUCAAAUAAAUUUUUUAAACAAACAUGUGAAUAUGGCCUCACAGUACCUACUUUUAAUGGACUUCACAAGUGUUCCUGUUGUAAAUUUAGAUAUCCUCCAAGAGUUUUUCUUCUAGAUGUUUAUUUACACUCUGCACGUCACGACAGAUUAAUGUGUAUUUUGGAGAAAAAACUUGAACCAUCAGUGAUGGAAAUUAUUAAAAAAAACAUGGAAAAGUCAGAUAAUACAAGUUUAAAGAAAGAAAAUUCUAAGGAAAAUAAACCAAAAUAUAUGCUUAGAAAUAAGUCAAGAGAUAUCUCAUUGACAAGUCAUAUUGAUAAUGAGAAAAAAAAAGUCAGUAUGCAACCAUGUUUAGCUGUUAUUGAAAAGUUACGUCGUAGGCCUUUUGAAACUGAUGUAAUUAAUUUAACACACGUUGAAAAUGGUUUUAGAAUUUGUAAUGAGUGUAAGAAAAUGUUUACUCUUAAUGAUAGACCUUAUAAUAUAUACAAACAUUGUUUUCAUCAUAAGAAUUUACAUAAAAUUCUAAUUGAUAAUUUGGAACACAAUUUUUUAUUAGAUAUGUUAAGGAAAGCAAAAAGAGAACAAAAGCAACAAACAACAAGAAAAUAA